AAAUUUGACUAAUUGAAGGUUUGUUGAAGGAGAGAUUUGUGACUGGAGCUUCUAGCUUGAAUGGUUUAAAAUGGUAUUAUUUUUGUAAAAUGAAGAAAUAUGAAUUGCCUUGGGCUUUGUUAUCUAGUUUAUAUUGUUAAUACAUUUCAGAGCAUUUGCAGUUGAAAAAAAAUGCUACAGAUAUGGACGUACAGGUGGAUAUUGUUUCAUUGUUUCUUAAUUAUAGAAAUACAAGACCGCCUGUACUUGUUUUUGAAAUUUGGUGGUUUUGAUAGAAUGGUGGAUUUCAAGACUUAGUGGAGAGUAAUUAUGUUCAGGUAUUUUCCAAAAAGAUAAAGUCAGGAAGAACUGUUACAGGUGGUUAAAAUAAAUUGAUGGUAAUUAAUUUUUGAAGAAAAUGAAAUGUUUGGCGUGUUUAUAUAAAAGAAAAGUUGCGGAUGUGUGCUUAGUGUUAAAGUUUUAAAUGGAAAAAAGUUUUAAACGAAGCGGAAUGCAUUAUCACCUUUAUACGAUUCAUUAAAUACUGAUUGUUUAUGGAUUGUAAUGCAUAUGUGUUUUUCUUACGUUUUUAAUCUGUUAGGUGAAAAAUGUGAAGCUGUAGAAACCAUUGGUAGUUGCUUGAAGCAUAUUAUUAUGUGCUAAUACCAGUAUACUUAAGGAUUCUUUCACUUUGCCAUGCCAAAUGUUUGAUGGUUGCAUAUUGAGAAUUUGGGUCUUACUGGUACAGUUUUUAGAUACGAAACUUGAUUUUGUGGACUAUUGUGUUCCCAGGUGCUGGAAUCCAGUGACAAUGUUCAUACUGUUUUUAUUCCAUUUUGUAGAAAGCCACUCUAUCAUUUACUUUAGAUGAAUAUUUUCUUUUGUGGCUGUAGGAAGAACUUUAAGUGUUGGUAAUUGGUUGCACAAAAAGAUGCUUUUAGAUAUCCCUUACUUUUAGGGGACUUUCAUCUAUUUCUGUGGUCCACAAGUGCUUAAUAAAUGUUCGUGGGAUAAAUGAAUACUAUUAAAUGUUUAGGUCAACUAAGCAGAAAAAUAAUUUCACCUAAUUUAUAAUUAUAUCAAGUUUUACUACUACCACCCCAUAUACCAUUUGGUUUGCAUAGUUUGUUCAUUAAGUUUAAAACCAGCUUUUAAGUCUCAAGAUCAAUAGUGUGAAUGUGGUUGGCUAGGUAAGAAGUAAUAUUGUUGCUUUGAAGUUUAAAUCAAGUAAGAUAAUGAACAUUUUUGUUGGCACUUGGGGGGUGUUGAAAAAUAAUAUUACAGUGUUUGGCAGGAGGAAUAAAUAUUUAUUUAGAAAUGUCUUGAUUUGCAGCCUUUGAGUACUGACUGAAGUUUAAUGGAAAAGAAUAAUGUGCUGUCACAGGGAUCCCUCUCAGUUUCAGAAAAUUUGUUUCAUUAAAAAUGAUUUCAGAAUCUGAAAUGUGAUUCGUUUGGGGAUUCAGACAAAAUAAUUAUGCCCAUGAUUGGUUCUCUGUUGCCCGUCGCUGAGGAUGCUGUUUUUUGUUUCUUUUGAAUCUGAAGAACUUAGCUCUUUGUAUUUUGGUUCUUGCUGACUUUAGACUGAACAAAAUUAAGAUUCACUUUUGGAUGUUUAUUGCUGGAUGAAGAGUGGAAAUAGUCAAGUUCUGGUUUGUGCCUUGGCUUCCUCAUACAGAGUAUUGUUACUCUAUUCUGAUAUUCCAAGCAAUUGAAAUGGCUAGUGAAUAACAAAAUAUGUCUUGCCAUAAUACUAUGCUACGUUUUUGUAGCAGGUAUUUGUAACUUGCACGUAUGUGGUACUUGUAAAGCUGAAGCAAAGCUAUGUUAGAACUAAUUAUUAACAUAAGGUGGAAAAGUGUACUAAAUAAAGCAAGCUUCUUGUUUGAGAACUUCUGAAAUAUACCAGUGAAUUUAAUGGCAAAUCAGGCCCAUUUUCUCCUUCAUACUCGUAUGCUCUAUGUAUAGGUAAAAUGUGUGCUUUAGAUGUUUUGUUCCAUAGAUUUGUUUCAGUUUUAUCCUUCUAAAAUUCACCAAAGCUUAAGGCGAUUGGAGUGCAUUUUUCAUUUUGGUGCCUUGCACUCAGUUGCUAGCUGACAUUUACAGCCCAGGAAUGAGUAGGUAACUGGAAAACAGUGAUACUUCUAUUAAAUUAUUGUGCUCUUUACGAAGUAAGGUGCUGAAAACAAAAGUACUUCAUUCUCAAUUUCUGUUUACUUUGCCCAUUUGAAGAAAGAAGUGUAACACCAAGGGUUGUGAAGUUCUGGCUUCUAGCCUGAACUUUCUGCCGACUUUUCUUUGAUAUGGGGCUUUCCUUUUGCUGAAAUAGAAAAGACUGACAAAUUGAUGUCUACACUGAUUUUGUACUUUAAAUUGAACAUGUAAAGCUUGAACUAGGCAUUUAUCAAAUUCAUCUGGGCCUUUCAACUUUUCCUUGUGGCAUUAGACAUUCUCUUAUUACUCUAGUAAUUUCUGGCAACCUUGUAGAAAUUUUUGAAAGUAGAUCUGGUAUGUUCCUGUGGAUCUUCAUCGCCUGACCCUAAACUUGUUCCUCUCUAGAUGGACAUAUGGUGUCUUCUUGGGUCUGUAAGGGAAGAAGCUGAGGAACCUGUUGCCCUCACCUUCAAGUCACAUGUCCUGGCCCUACACCAGACCUCUUUAAUUGUCUAAAAGUUGGUUUUAAUUGGUUGCCCACAGGAUUGACUUGGCCUCUACUUCUUGUUAAGAAAAUACAUCUCUUGUUUUAUCAGGUGUGUGUGGUUUCAGCGCAGCAUGGCUGUGGUCAUCCGUUUGCAAGGUCUCCCAAUUGUGGCGGGGACCAUGGACAUUCGCCACUUCUUCUCUGGAUUGACCAUCCCUGAUGGGGGCGUGCAUAUUGUAGGGGGUGAACUGGGUGAGGCUUUCAUCGUUUUUGCCACUGAUGAAGAUGCAAGGCUUGGUAUGAUGCGCACAGGUGGUACAAUUAAAGGGUCAAAAGUAACACUGUUGUUGAGUAGUAAAACAGAAAUGCAGAAUAUGAUUGAACUGAGUCGUAGGCGCUUUGAAACUGCCAACUUAGAUAUACCACCAGCAAAUGCUAGUAGAUCAGGACCACCACCUAGCUCAGGAAUGAGUGGCAGGGUAAACUUGCCUACAACAGUACCCAACUUUAAUAAUCCUUCACCCAGUGUAGUUACUGCUGCCACUUCUGUUCACGAAAGCAACAAAAACAUACAGACAUUUUCUACAGCCAGCAUAGGAACGGCUCCUCCAAAUAUGGGGGCUUCCUUUGGUAACCCAACAUUUAGUUCAACCAUUCCAAGCACAGCCUCUCCAAUGAACACAGUCCCACCACCACCAAUUCCUCCAAUCCCAGCAAUGCCAUCUUUGCCACCAAUGCCAUCCAUUCCCCCAAUACCAGUUCCUCCUCCAGUACCUACAUUGCCUCCUGUGCCUCCUGUGCCUCCAAUUCCCCCAGUCCCAUCUGUGCCACCCAUGACCCCACUGCCCCCCAUGUCGGGCAUGCCACCCUUGAACCCACCACCUGUGGCACCUCUACCUGCUGGAAUGAAUGGCUCUGGAGCACCUAUGAAUCUGAACAGUAACUUGAAUCCUGUGUUUUUGGGUCCACUGAAUCCUGUUAACCCUAUCCAGAUGAACUCUCAAAGCAGUGUGAAACCACUUCCCAUCAAUCCUGAUGAUCUGUAUGUCAGUGUGCAUGGAAUGCCCUUUUCUGCAAUGGAAAAUGAUGUCCGAGAUUUUUUCCAUGGGCUCCGUGUUGAUGCAGUGCAUUUGUUGAAAGAUCAUGUAGGUCGAAAUAAUGGGAAUGGAUUGGUUAAGUUUCUUUCCCCUCAAGAUACAUUUGAAGCUUUGAAACGAAACCGAAUGCUGAUGAUUCAACGCUAUGUGGAAAUUAGUCCUGCCACAGAGAGACAGUGGGUAGCUGCGGGAGGCCAUAUCACUUUUAAGCAAAGUAUAGGACCUUCUGGACAAACCCAUCCCCCUCCUCAGACACUUCCCAGGACAAAAUCGCCCAGUGGACAGAAAAGGUCAAGGUCAAGAUCACCACACGAGGCUGGCUUUUGUGUUUACUUGAAAGGGCUACCAUUUGAAGCUGAAAACAAACAUGUCAUUGAUUUUUUUAAAAAAUUGGAUAUUGUGGAAGAUAGUAUUUAUAUUGCUUAUGGACCCAAUGGGAAAGCAACAGGUGAAGGCUUCGUAGAGUUCAGAAAUGAGGCUGACUAUAAGGCUGCUCUGUGUCGUCAUAAACAAUAUAUGGGCAAUCGCUUUAUUCAAGUUCAUCCAAUUACUAAGAAAGGUAUGCUAGAAAAGAUAGAUAUGAUUCGAAAAAGACUGCAGAACUUCAGCUAUGACCAGAGGGAAAUGAUGUUAAAUCCGGAGGGGGAUGUCAGCUCUACCAAAGUCUGUGCCCACAUAACAAAUAUUCCAUUCAGCAUUACCAAGAUGGAUGUUCUUCAGUUCCUGGAAGGAAUCCCAGUGGAUGAAAAUGCUGUACAUGUUCUUGUUGAUAACAAUGGGCAAGGUCUAGGACAGGCAUUGGUUCAGUUUAAAAAUGAAGAUGAUGCACGUAAGUCUGAACGUUUACACCGUAAAAAGCUUAAUGGAAGAGAAGCUUUUGUUCAUGUAGUUACUCUAGAAGAUAUGAGAGAAAUUGAGAAAAAUCCCCCUGCUCAAGGAAAAAAGGGGUUAAAGAUGCCUGUGCCAGGUAAUCCUGCUGUUCCAGGAAUGCCCACUGUGGGGAUGCCCGGUCCUGGAAUGCCUGGUCCUGGAGUGCCCGGUGCGGGAAUACCUAGUGCUGGAAUGCCAAGUUCUGGAAUGCCCAAUGCGGGAAUGCCUAGUGCAGGAGGUGAAGAGCAUGCCUUCCUGACUGUAGGAUCAAAGGAGGCCAGCAAUGGGCCUCCAUUUAACUUUCCGGGUAAUUUUGGUGGGUCGAAUGCCUUUGGGCCACCACUUCCUCCUCCAGGAUUAGGAGGGGCGUUUGGUGAUGUUAGGCCUGGUAUGCCUUCAGUUGGAAAUAGUGGGUUGCCUGGUCUAGGACUGGAUGUGCCAGGAUUUGGAGGUGGACCAAAUAAUUUAAGUGGGCCAGGAUUUGGAGGGGGCCCUCAGAAUUUUGGAAAUGGCCCUGGUAGUUUAGGUGGCCCCCCUGGCUUUGGAAGUGGGCCUCCUGGUCUUGGAAGUGCCCCUGGGCAUUUAAGUGGGCCACCAACUUUUGGGCCUGGCCCUGGGCCUGGGCCUGGCCCUGGCCCAAUCCACAUUGGUGGUCCCCCUGGCUUUGGAUCUAGUUCUGGAAAACCAGGACCAACAGUAAUUAAAGUGCAGAACAUGCCCUUCACUGUGUCUAUUGAUGAGAUUUUAGAUUUCUUUUAUGGCUAUCAAGUGAUCCCGGGCUCAGUGUGUUUGAAAUACAACGAAAAAGGUAUGCCCACAGGUGAAGCCAUGGUGGCCUUUGAAUCUCGGGAUGAAGCCACAGCUGCUGUCAUUGACUUAAAUGACAGACCUAUAGGAUCAAGGAAAGUAAAACUAGUAUUAGGGUAGAUAUUCACAUCAAUUCUUUAUAGGGUAGAUCUUCAUAGUGCUGUGAUUAAUGCAUCCAGAUUGUUUUCCUAGUAUUUCCAGGUUAGAACCUGUGGAUUGUUUCAAUUGCAUAUAGAUUGGUUUCUAUAAUUUAGAGCAUUGGUUGACUGUUUACAGAAGACUCACUACCAGGAUAAACAUUGCUAUAUGUUACAGUAAAGCUGUCUGGAGAGAAAACAAAAAUGAUUUUAGCAUACAUUAGAGAAACCAUUUGUAAAGUGCAAUGACCAUAUAAAGCUUAUCAAAGAGUCUAGAUUGGUUUUGUUUUAUACCAUAUGGGAUGAAGAAAAUAGAAAUGUCAAUAGAGCUCAUUAAAGGUGCUCUUGCCAGCUACUAAGAAAAGAAGUUGGCUACUCUUGGAAUUUGGUUUAAAGCUGGACAGAUUUGCUUUGUUAUAGGGUCAAAGCUUUGUCUAAAGUCCUCAUUUUCUUUUAAAAUUGAAUAAAAAUCUCUGUAUACAGAUUCACUGUAUGUACCGUUAUUCCUUCUUGAGGGUUCUUGCUGUAUAGAUAGUCCUUCUGUAGUUACUGCUUUGUUUGCCUAAUUGACUCAUUUGUAAAUGAGCAGAACUGUUUUGUUGUUUUUUUAAUAUAACACUCCACACUUGGUUUGUGCUAUACCUUGAACUUUGAUUUCUAAUGUCACACUUAAAACUGUGUGAAAUAGGACUUUUUCCACAAAAAUAAAAUAUGGAGCCCUCUACUUACCAGAGCCUUUUUGGUUUGACCGCCAAGUUUUAGUUUAGUCAGUUUAAAAAUUGUUCAUGUUUGGAUGGCAUCAAAAACCAAAAACCAUUUUUGGUAAUCAUUGUUUACGAUGCUUGAUAUGAGGUCCUGUCCAUCAUGGACUAAUGUUCUGGCAAUUUCCUUCUGUUCCAAAUUUUUGUGAAAUUUUGGCUUGUAACUAAACAAAGAGGGUCCAUUCAUAAGAAAGAGCAUGAUUAUAUAUCUAGGUUUUUAAAACUGAAGUUGAAAUUGUUAGCUUUGUUAGCAAUAGUAUUAUAGAAUAAAAGAUACCUAAGCUGGCCCAUAGAUUGACGUGCAUUAAUCCUGUUACUUGGAGGCUUUUUGGUCUAGUUGUUUGAUCAGGAGCCUGUUUGUAAAAAUUCUUCAUCCAGAGUACAAGUGUAGCUGCCAGAGGGGAGAGAAUUGAGACUUCUUGCCGUUUUGUGCUAUUUUCUUUGGCAUUCAGGACACUAAGGCAGGAAGACCACAUGGGUUCUGGUUGGUAAGUGUCCUUGUCAUGAAAACAUUCAGCUUACAACAUCCUCCUGUCUGCUACAAAAGGUUCUAUUUAUGGUUACUUUCCUUCUUAGUUAAAAUGCUCUAAUGAUGUGUCACACCAUAAACAUGGAAUAGGAGAUUGAUGAGAUUUCAUGAAAAAAUUAUCUUUUACAUGCGCCCCUAUCUUGGUUUGAAACAGCCCCAACAUUACCUUCAAAUCUCAAUGUACUUACAAAGGGGCCAGUCAGCCUUUUUAAAAGAGAUAUUUCCUAUUUAAAAAAAAAAAAUAGUGCCUUUUGGUGUUACAAGUCAGUGGAACACUGAAAUACAGCGUUGUGUAAUUUAGAGUUAAGAGUGGCAACAGUUUCAUUUGUGUGAUAAGAUUUGGAAAGCCUUUUAUCACUAUAAUCUUAGAGGAUUGACAGUAUAGGAUUUUUUGUUUAAGGAAAGGAUUGUUUAGACUUCCAAAGAAGAUAACGGCUGUGUUGUGGGUCUUUUAAUUCAUGAAUACUAAUUUGCUUUGACAGAUCAUUAGAUACUGCCUCGUCACCUAAAAAAGCAAUAUGAUGUUUGUGUAUGCUGUUCAAUUUAAGUUUUCUGUUAAGUAAUCACUUCUCAUUCCAAAGACAGAGUGCAAAAACUUCAGCGCUGCUUGGGAGUCUUAUUUCAACUGCAGAUUAUUUUCCCCAUUGGAAAGCUGACUAUUUUCAUUUUAGAAAAAUGGGUUGUUUGAAGAUGAAAGUCUUUUAUCUUUUUCACAAUUUAUUUUGGUAAUAUGUUCGUACAUUUUUAUUAAAUAUUUCAUAUACAUUAUUGCAAUUUGUUAUUUCUACAUCUUAGAUAAAUGCUAAAAAGGAAAAUGAUUUCAUUGUUUAUCAAAUUAAAUAAAUUGAGAAAAUAGUGGUUUGUGUAGAUAUUGGAGAGAACUGUCUCAUAUUUGGUUGAAUCACAACAGUGCUUCUUUAGUUGUGAAAUGUAAUUAAAUGCUUUGCCCUCUGGAACUUAAUUUUUGUGUAUCUGGGACUUAUUAACAUAGUUCUAACUGCUAAGCAUACUGUUCUUGUUCUGGGCGUUGGAGUUUGAGUUCUAAAAAAAUUCUUGAAAAUAUGUUCUGUGAAAAUAUUCAUACCUCUUCUCUUCCUCCUGCAAAUUUUCUCAUAAGAACUAGGUUUGGGGUAAAAAUGAACUUACAUUAUUUUCUCAUUUGCUUUGUAUGGUAUGAAGGAUUUGUAAAGCUUUGCUCGAAGUUGUGUGCAUUUGUAAACACAUCAUGAUAUUUUUCAACUUUA